AUGGACAUGCUCGCCGGUCUGGUGGAUACAGCACUUGCCUCAACGCACAUGGACGCUAUCGAUGCCCUUCGAGCCUUCUUCAUCCUCGCAUCUUGUACGAUUCUGUCGGUCAGCUUGUUGCCGGACUCGUUGCACUCGCGCUUCGUUAUUUAUGGCGCUCGUGCAACAUCAACCGACUCGAAGCCCCCCUCUGCCCCAGCGUCCACAACUUCCUCCUCCUCACCCUCGUCAUCCCCAGCAACAACACGCAUCCUCGACUACCUUGCCUCCCUGAGAGUCCCUCACAGCUACUUCACGCAAUUCUAUGUCGCUUCCGUGGCAGCCUCGGUCUUUUGGGGCGUGCAGCUCCUUUGCCGUGGCGCUGCGUUCCAGGCCUUUGCAAUGAGGGUUAGCCCAGAUCACCUGCAGAGGUCCAUGACGAUAAACCAAAUUUUGCUUUGUUGGGUGUGCAUGCUUCUCCAGGGGGUAAGGCGGUUGUAUGAGUGCUUCGUGUUCUCGAGGCCAUCCGCGUCUCGAAUGUGGUUUAUUCACUGGCUCGUAGGCCUUGCUUUCUACCUGGGGAUGUCGGUUGCGGUCUGGGCUGAAGGAGCAGGCACGCUUCUGGCCCGCCCAAUUGCCCUCGAUGAUGUGAAGGUCACCAUAGCCCCUUCACUCCGCACCUUCGUCUUCCUUCCGAUUUUUCUGCUCGCAUCCGGUCUCCAGCACGAUGCUCACCACUAUCUCUUCUCCCUAAAGAAGUAUACCCUGCCGACUCACCCUCUGUUCCACAGGCUUGUAUGCCCGCACUAUACGGCAGAGUGUGUCAUCUACUUGUCCCUGGCAUUCUUAGCCGCUCCGCAGGGGGGAACCAUUAAUAAGACGAUUUUGGCGGCUAUGGCCUUUGUGGCCAUCAACCUUGGCCUGACAACGGCCAACACCCGACGAUGGUAUAUUCAGAAAUUCGGCAGAAGUUCAAUGCAAGGGAAGUGGAAUAUGAUUCCAGGCAUAUACUGA